AUGGUGGGCCUGAAACAGAGGAACUUGGUUGUGGCCGUUCUUGCGGCAAGCUCACUUCUUGAAUGUUCCCUGGAAUACAUGAAAAGGGAUGCAAAACAAGAACUUCUUCAACAGAAUGUUGGAGAGAAUCCACUUCUUGAGUUUUCUGAGUACAGGCCAAGCAACAAGCUUCCUCCCGGAGGAAUACCCAACACUGACUUUUCAGAACCUAAACAGCUCACGGGAUGCACAAGAAGGAAGCCAACUACAAAUAAAGAACGUGGUGCUCCAGAAAAACAUGUCUGUCCUCACGAUGGAUGCAUAAGAGAGUUCAAGAAUAAAACAUCCCUGAGAAAGCAUCUUCGAGUUCAUAAUCCCCGAGAUCAUGUGUGUGCAGAAUGUGGGAAAGCCUUCAAGGAAAGUGCAAAGCUAAAAAGACAUUUUCUGGUUCAUACUGGAGAGAAGCCAUUUCCAUGCACUUUUGAAGGGUGUGGAAAACGCUUUUCCCUGUCCUUCAACUUGCGUACACACGUGCGCAUCCACACUGGGGAGAAACCUUUUGUGUGUCCUUUUGUAGGCUGUCGCAAGAAAUUUAUUCAGUCAAAUAACAUGAAAGCCCACCUCUUGACUCAUGCAAAGGACAAUAGGAGUCUGUGAGAAAAGAUUAAAAAAUAAUCAUCAAACAGGAUAGGCAUAUAUUAACUAAAGAGUUACUGGGAACAAAUAUGCCUCAUUGAUAAUUCGUUCAGAAAACAAUUUUAAA